GGAAGAAAUUAUGGCCUACUAUUCCUAAAUGUAGGUGCUGGUGCUGGUAAUGAUGGACACUAUGUGGGUGCUAUAGUUGAUGGGAACUUGGAGAAUGUAAUGGUUGGUCAUGAUAUGGUUGCUGGUAAUGAAAUUGAUAAUGUGGGUGCUAUAGUCGGUGAGAACUUGCAGAAUGUUAUGGUUGCUGGUGAUGAAAUUGAUAAUGUGGGUGCUAUAGUCGGUGAGAACUUGGACAAUGUUAUGGUUGCUGGUGAUGAAAUUGAUAAUGUGGGUGCUAUAGUUGGUGAGAACUUGGACAAUGUUAUGGUUGCUGAUGAUGAAAUUGAUAAUGUGGGUGACUAAGAAGAUUUUGAAGAGAAUGGGAUAUGCAAGUUUCUUUGUGUUUGGUGAUAGCAGCUCGGGACUUAGUCACUUAGCUAGUUAUCCUGAAAGUGACUAAGAAGAUUUUGGAGAGAAUGGGAUAUGGACUUCCGCUAGUUACUUAGCUAGUUAUCCUGCAAGUUUCUUUGUGUUUGGUGAUAGCAGCUCGGGACUUAGUCACUUAGUUGUUUCUAUUACCACGUACUUUCGCAGUUUUUUCUUUAUUUCCG